GGGGGUGGGAGUAGGGGUGGGGGCCUGUGCUGGGGGAGGACACGGCAUCCGAGGGGCCGGCGCAGCGGAGCCGGAGUCCCGCGGCCCGUGCCCGCUUCUGCCCCCCGCUUGCCGGACGCGCCGGGUGAGGGGGCCCCUCUCCUCGGAACCCGGGGAAGGAAAUGCCUCUUCCCGGCCGCGGGAUGGGCAGCGGCCGGAGGAAGCUCUGGGCUCUGUGCUUGCUGCUGCUUCUCCCCGAAGCUGGCUCCGCCAAGAAUAUCUGGAAACGGGCAUUGCACGCCAGGCUGGCCGAGAAGCCCCGCGCCGAGGAGGCGGGCGGCCCCCGGCAGCCCCGCGCGGACCGCUGCCCGCCGCCGCCGCGCUCGCUGCCCCCCGGCGCCUGCCAGGCUGCGCGCUGCCAGGCCGACUCCGAGUGCCCGCGCCACCGGCGCUGCUGCUACAACGGCUGCGCCUACGCCUGCCUGGAGGCCGUGCCACCUCCGCCAGUUUUAGACUGGCUGGUGCAGCCCAAACCUCGAUGGCUUGGUGGCAACGGCUGGCUCCUGGAUGGCCCCGAGGAGGUGUUGCAAGCUGAGGCCUGCAGCACCACGGAGGAUGGGGCCGAGCCCCUCCUGUGCCCCUCCGGCUACGACUGCCACAUCCUGAACCCGGGUGAUGUGGCCGCCGGCAUCCCCAACCGCGGGCAGUGCGUCAGGCAGCGCCGACAGGCAGAUGGGCGAUUCCUACGACACGGAUUAUACAAGGAAUACCCAGAGGGCGACUCCAAGAACGUGGCCGAGCCCGGAAAAGGACCCUGAGGCGCUUCCGAUGAGGCAGUGGGGCAGCCACUGCGCGAGAACAUCCUUCCACUUUCUGCUGAGCCUUGGGAACAGUUGGACAAAACAUGAAUCGACCCCCAGAGGCCAUGCCCAGCUCGACAGAGCAUGACCCCAGAGAUACUUAGAGUCAGGACCCCCGGCUCCCGAGGCCACGCGUGACCCGCCUGGCUGGGUGACUUUGUGGGGGCCCCUCACCGGCGCCGGGUCCCCGUUUUAUCAUCCUGGGAACACGGCACACCUGGCAGCCCCACUAGACCUGGGGGCCCCGCGGAGCGCCCCCCGGAAGAGCUGUGCGAAGCCCCUUCCUAAGACAGAGGUCGUGGCUGUGUUACGACACAUUCUUCCAGAUUUGACUCUGGGAGGCAUGCACGUUAUGGCACAUAUUCUCGAAAUAAAUCGCUCCUUACAAAACAGAAACGAACUUA